AUGGAAUCGCCUCCAGCGCAGGCUGUUUCUGGGGAGCAGCGCGCCCGCUUGCUUGAGCUGGAAGAGCGGCAGCGUCAGCUCAAGCGCCUGUGCGAGGAGGCACUCAGGGAAGAAGAGCAGCAUCAACACAUUCUUCAGCAAUUGGAAGAGCACAACACGGGUGCCGUGUCAUCUGUCGAGUCGUUCGCUGGAGGCAGCGCCGGGAGCGUUAGCGGUUCUGCAGCUCUGCAGGGGGGGCGUUUCUCGCCCAAUCACGGAGGGGAACCCCUCGAAGACUUGCUGACAGGCGAGGUACAGUCCUUUCGUGACCCCAACAGCGCCGUACGCGAGUCCUCCACCGGCAGUGCAGCCGCGCCACUGUGGUUGCGUAGCGAGUCGCUGUCGAAUCCGCGCAACCCUUCGGCGGACCGGCCGCGCACUGCACUCAGUAGUAGCUAUCGCCCACCGACGUACCCGCUGCCAAUGGUGUUCGCCACACAAUCGCCUCCCCCGCCGCGAGAAAUGCUGUAUAGUACCUCUAGUCGACCUAGAGAAGAGGGAAGCAGUGCAGCUGUAGCGGCCAUGAAUCGCAGAAUCCAGCCCCCCACGUCUGCGCCAGUAAUGUCGUCCUCUCUACCGAUAACCAGUGCGUGGCGGCAUGGUGAGAGGGGUACUGCAGAACGCAAGUCAGGAUCAAACUCCGCGGCCGCAGCUCUCUUUCCGCCUGCUGCACCCACACCCCUGUCGCCACCGCCGCCGCCGCCGCCUCCUCCAGAGCGCAGUCACAGCCGUGGCGCGAGCCACAGCAUCCCCUCGGCAGAUCGAUACUGGCGCAGUGAUGCCCGUCCCUACCACGGCAUCCCUCCCCCUCCACCUCCUCCAGCAUCGGACGCAACACAGGCUACGGCUUCACCUUCUGCCGUGCGGUACUCGUGGACACUCAGAGCGCAUACAAGCCUGUCGCCGCCGCGGCCGCCGCUGUCCUCACGCUCAUCCGCGUUGCCGUUGGUCUCUCCAGAUGAAGUCACGGACAACCCUCCGGCUCCGCCUCCGCGCACGCACCGUCGAGCUGCUCCCUCGCGCGACAUGCCGCCCAGCAUGGCAGAUACGUACCGCUGGCCGCCUAGCCUUCUCCACACAGACUCGCCGCCUCCACCCCCACCUCCACCACCACCGUCACCGCCAGCAGCACGCACAGAUCCGGUUGGGGACUCGACUUUACCCACCACACCAUCGGAACGUGACAUUGCGCGAUGGAGGCGUCGGUUGAGCGGCAGCGGCGCAGUUAGGCCACUCAGUGAUAACCGCCCGGGUAGCGGAUACGAUCGGAGUGGAGCCGCAACGUUGGCGAAUCGGCGCGCCCCUCCGGCAGCCGUCACCCCGCUACUCUCUGUUCCUUAUCGCGAGACUGCCACUAAAAAAGGUGUCAGGGUCGCGGGCCGGGCACCUCGGAGCUUGCCACCACCACCUCCACCGCCGGCCCCUAGUGUGACCCUCUUCUCACCAGCCCGCUACGGCGAAGGCAGGAAUGAGGAUGAGUCGCUUCCAGAUAGAUGGGAGACGGCGUCAUUGACACCGAGCCUGCGCAGUGCAGAAGAACGGUGCCUGCGCAACUACUUCGCGAAGCCCGUCAGAGAGGUUGGCAGUUCAUCUCCGACACACAGAAACUACGCAAGCUACAGCCGGCAGCGUGCGUCGCCAUCCUGCAGUGGAGUGAAGGGCGUUCGAACCUCACUGUUUGAAGUCGCUGGCACGGCGGAGCCACGAUUGCAACGGCGUUCGACGGUCAUUCCUACCCCUGACCUUUUUACCUCCUCAGCACCUACUGUAAUGGACACCCCUCCGCCGGCGCCAGCCAAACCAAAGCCCAACAAGACAGCCCUGCAUCCGUACGAGCUGCAACACCCGCAGUCCCCCUCGCUCUCACCCCCACCAGAGACCAGCCUCAAUAGCACAUCAGCCAGGAACUGCCGUGACGCCCCUGGGCACAGAGGUGACACGUCAACACCUCCCCUUUCGGCACUGUACGCAAAACACCAGCAAGCCACCUCGGCCACUCUGAAAAGCAGCAAUCUCGACUCAGCCAGGGGAAACGGUGACAUCUCACUCCCUGCGAACUUGGACAUGACUAACAAGGCAGCCACUGGAGCGCCGCACACCGCCGCUGCAGCUUCGGCCAACGACUACUUUGACAUGGGCCCUGAGAAGGAGGCACUGCUGUCACUGCUGCAGGAGAGCACCCGCGGCGCACCAGGGAGCAACGCCGGUGCCGCGCUGCCAGCCACUAGCUGCCCGUCGUCUAUACAACAGGGUAUGUCGCCCGCGAUGGGUGCCAACCUCGCAGGCGGUCGGCGCGGCGAGAAGGCACUCCCUUACCCUCUCUCGGCCAACUGCCUCUCUGAGCGAAACCAGACACAGAUUUUUUCGACUCAGCCCCCAAUGACGACGCUGCCGCCCCACUACAAAGACCCGACAGCACAACACUCGUACUUGAACCCAACAGUGGACUCGUCGAUCCUGCGCGGCGGAAACGUCAACGCAGCCACUAGGGGAGUGCAGCACAGCAACGAGGUGGCUGCGGUGCAACUGCAGCAGAAAUACGAUGAAGCACAGGCCAAGGCAGAAGCCCUUGCGCGACAUCUGGUGAAAGCCAUCAGUGAUCGCAAGAUGCUUCAGGGAAGCGUCGAGCAGCUGGAAAUGCUUGUGGAGGAGUGCAACAUCGAGGUGGGUCGACUUCAGCAGAUUGUGGAGCAACAGCACCAGGACAGUGCCACCUCCCUCGGGGUGCAGGCAGCACUUCGCGCCAAGGAGCGGGAGGUGGCUGUGUACGAGGAUGAAAUCCGGCGACUCCACGUAGUGCUGAAUGGACACCUCACUCGCACGGCCACUGCUGAGCGUGUAGCGCAGGAGAGUGUGCAUCAAGGGCUGGUGGUGAAGGAGGCAGAAGUUGAGGCGGCCAUAGCAGAGGUAGGUAUGGCGCAUCUGGCGCAGCGGGAGGCAGAGGAGCGGGCAAGCCAACUGGCGAAUGAGUUGGAUACGGCGGUGGAGCAGAUACAAUUCCUCGACGAGCGCCUCGCUGAGAUGGAGCGGGCGGCAGCGGCAGCGCUCUUACCGGCGUCGCGUGUACACGCUGCCAAAGAACCCGGCGUAGACUCGGACAACGGUGACGCCGCUCUCGCUCACUCGAGCGCAGCAGCGCACCUCACCAUUCCCCCCGACGAAGAAACGCGCCGCUGGCCGCUGGAAGCGCGGCGAACGAUGGCGCAGCUUGUCGCACAGGCAGAAGGGCUCCUUUUGAAAAAUGCGGAGGGGGAACGCCACACCUCGAUGCGGCUGCAGCACAUGGAAAACACCUGCAGCGAGCUGCAACGACACCUCCGUCAGCGCAGCGAGGAGGUAGAGCGUGCGCGUGAAGCAUACGAGCAGCUGCGACAAGAGAAGAGCACCUUGCAGACGGUAGGAGAGGUGUGGUACCAGCAACUACGUGAAGUGAAAGAGGAUGCACAGCUCGUCUCCGAGAUGGUGCGCACCUCCCGCGAGGAUGCGGAAGAUGUGUAUCUGUCCUCGCGUGUCGCAGAGGAGCGUGCUGUUGUGCACCGUGCCGCCGCGGCAGCGGCAAGCCCGCUGCGGCCCUUUCCGAGCUCAGCGCCAACGGACUCGACAACACUGAAGAAAUCUGCGCAGUUCGCCCGGCAGGUGAUGCGCGACUUUCAUGCGGUGGCGCGCUUUCUUUCAAGCCUGCGCACGAUGAACAUCGGGGACCGCAAUGGGUACCAAAUCCUCCAGACCAUUGCUAGUGGCCGCAACCCAGCCGAAGGACUCUACGUCACUGCCGACGACGCCGCUACGCCGAAGCGGGUCAGCGAGCUACUGGCCCCCAAUGCAGCGAGUGAGGCAAAGCGCCGUGUGCAAGAGAAGAAAGCUCGCGUUCUGCGUGCUGUGGAGCAGGCCUUGAUCAUAGGGUCGGAUUCGGCCCCUGAGUUCGCCUCGCUAGAUGCCUCAGAGAAGCGCCCCCCCAGUCGCGCACCCAUCAUGCUGGGUCUGCCGCUCCGUGCGAGAGAGCGACCGUCACCAGCAGGGGCAGAGGUGUGUGAGGUCCCCGACGCCUUCGAAGACGAGCUGACUAACGGUGAUGAGGCGGAGGUGGAGGUGGUGUUUUCCUCUCUGCACCCCACGCGGAUGGGCAGCCAAAGCCUCCGCGACGGCAGCAGUGGCAUGGUCCACAGCGAUGUGCGCCGGCGGCCGGCGCCUGAUUCAGUGGCAUCCGUGUCGCAGAACCGAAUGCCGCCAACCUCAGAGAUCCGGCGUGCAGCUCCAGCGUUCGCAGCGUCGCCCCCAGCAGCCCCGCUCGCGCCUGACGGGAAGUCGUUUUGCAGCACGCUGUUCACGAACAGCAGCGAGGCCCCUAGCACCGCCUCGACAUCUCAGCCCACAGCGGUCAAAGCGGCACCAGCGCCCCCCACCCCGCUCCCGUCGGUCUCGCGACCACUACGCCUAUCCAACACGCCGUCGCAGCCGCAGUCGGAAGGCAAAGAAGAGAACGAGGAAGAAGCUCUGGGACCUUCCGAGAAGCAUUCGAGCUCGAUUCGAGCGUCAUCGCACACUGUCCUAAGGACAGACUCGAUGCCGAUCUGCAGCACUGGCGCUGGCAUCGACUCAGAAACGCACUCCAUCACCCUCGUCCCACUCCCCUCCAUACCGCAGCAGGUGCCUCAGUUGCAAACGACGACGGUGCAACAGGCACCGCUGCCGCCAUCGACGCUCACCGUCACCGGUGGUUUGCCGGUGGAUCACAUCGUCGUUGUAAGCUCGAGUACUGCUCCCUUUGUCUCUGGCAUCGUUAUGACUGACCAGGAAAAGGAUGCCACCGUCGCACGCCGUAAUGCCCCCACACUACUACAGAUGCAGCAGCAGCACACACCAAUACCUGCGACAUUGACGAACACGCCACCUUCGUCGUCGCGUCUCCGCUCCCCUACCCCCGACCGGCUGCCUGCGGUGUGGGCUGGGACGCACGUCGAUGAGGUCCUUAUCGCAUCUCCCAUCGAGCAACGGCGGUCUUCUCAGUCGUUUACAGACGAACCGCCGCCUCGCGUUGUAUGCGACGAAAACAAGCAAUUGGGGCACCUCUGCUCGCGGCCGAAGAACCGCAGUACCACCGCGCGUCCAUCCUCUACACCGCAUCCAGACUCGCGCUCCGGGACGCGCCGCGGCUUCGAAGCAAGAGCUGAAGAAGAGACUGUUGCGCCGCCGCGGCACACAGACCAGCAUCGCCGUGGCGCGAGCAACAGAAGCAACGACGAUGAAGCCACCCUCUUCUUUCGGGAGCCGCCUCGUGGUGAAGUGCAGGAAGUGGCCAGCGAAGCAACCUCCACCUCCUUGCAGGAGCAGCAGCAAUUUUGCGUUGAAGUGGAUCUCCUCAACGAGGACUUUGUCAUGCCAUCUCGCAGGGUCUCUGCAGCACCGGUGGCACUGGCGUCGGUGUCGUCCGUCUCUCCGGAGACCACCUUGAUUGACGAGGAAGAAGAAGCCGACGUAGAAGAGCGAGUGCCGUCUGCUGGCACAGCAGCAACACGUCCCUCGCUGCGCGCCGAGUCGCCGUUAAAAAGGGACCAUACUGCGGCCCCGUCUGUCCCGGAUGUCAGCCUUGUGCCGUUGAAGGACGCAAAAGCAACGAAGCCGAGCUCGUCUCGCAAUCGCCGCGUUGUCGACGAAGAUGACGAGCCAUCCUUGAGUUUCCUGGCACCGCCACCGCCGCUCCCGCCGCCAGUUCGGCCGUCACCUUCGCAGGUGCAAACCAAAAGAGCUCAGGAAGAGGAUGCAUUGGUGCUCACGUCACCAACAGAAGCGUCUCUGUCAGGCACCAGUUACUCGCAAACGAUGGAGGACACUAGCGGCGCUGCAGUCUCUACCGAGAACGUCCCACACUCCCCGCUAUCCCUGUGCGGAAGCUUCGCAGGUGCACCGCUCCGGCUGCCACACCAACCACGCCGGCCGUCAGCAUCUGAUGGCCAUCCCAGCCUGACGGCAGUAGAAGGUGCGGUUGCCCCUCCGCGCCUGCAGCGCUCCACAGGCUCGUCCCCAUUAACAGCAGCCCAGCCUCUUUUGGGCACCUUUGCCCCUGGGCCAGCGGCUGCAGGAGAUGCCACCGCCGGAGUUAGCCAGCGCAUCCGCAGCGGUAGUCGACCUCCCACGGCGAGGUUGUCGGUUGAUUGCCCUUUGCUAGAAGCAACGCCCGCGCUUGUGGAGCCGCGGCGCCACUCUCCAUCAGCGCGACCUGUGCCGACUGCAACGCAUACGAAUCCUGUUACCCCGGUCGAUACUGUCGACUUCGAUUCGCCGUCGACUGCAGGGCUGUCCCCACUGGAGGAGCAGACCUCGCCGGCGCCCAAAAAGGCACAGAUAUCACGGGCCCACUCGGAGGUGGACCUCCACGUCGACGAUCUGCUGCGAUCUGACGGGAAGGUCGGUGCGAAGACCACGUCAUCGACCCCUACCAGUCGGCUGCCAAGCAUCACUUCCACAGCGGCCCCCGGAAGCCCUCAGCACGUGCUAGAAGAGCCCUCUGUAGCUUUGGGCCUUCCUGGUGAGAUCUGCAACGAUACACCUGGACAACUGGGCAGUGCCGUCUCGCUUCCCGCUGAGGCGCUGCAGGCGGCUCCGUUGCACCCACGGGAACCACCCACGCGCGCAGGGCACAGCGCUUCACCAUGCUGUAGCCCUCACGAGGAAGCAGCACCCGCGCCCCUUCCCCUGGUGAACGCUGAUGCGCCGGAGUCGAGCGCGCUGAAUCUUCCGUACACCUCACCAAAACCGGCACCACCCAUGGCAGAGGCAGCGACAUUCAACGGGAAUCGACCCGCCACCUCACCUGCUGUAGCCCAGAUGCCAUCAUCCACCAUCUCCACGCCGCGUAGCCACGGCGGCGGUCGACAGAACUCGGCGAGUGUUUGGAGCUCGACCCCGGCGGAGCAGCCGAUGCCGGAUGGGAUCACUGCGAGACGCUGUGAAGAGGUCGCCAAAAUACUGAUGCGCUUAAAGGCAAAGAAGGAGCAGGACUCAAAACAGUCCUCUGAAAUGAGCACGCCUACGAGCCCCACGGAGAGCGAGCCCUCAUCGACGGGACUGGAAGACCUGGACUCCCCCUCCAGCUAA